AUGAAUAGCUCCGUGCUGGCAGGACUUCCGACUCAACUCUCGCAAGCUCCAGACCCGCUAGUGGGAAACCUAGGUCGGAUUACUCUGGUGCAGUAUAAGAUAAUUACGGGCAUCUUCUUCGGAAUCGCAGUCCUUUCCUUCCUCGGGCGCAUCUUCAUCCGACUCUUCACUCGACGCCGGCUGUACAUCGACGAUGGCUUCCUCAGCUUUGCCUUUGCCACCCUAUGUGGAGGCACAGUCCUUGGCUACCUUCGGAUCUACAUCGUCUAUCUCCAGUUUGCCGUUCUCCAAGGCGACCUCGCCGCGACCGAGAUCGUGGCAUCCGACCCAGGCCAGCAUGCCCGGCAGUUCGCAUACAACCUUGCCUAUAUCGUUCUUCUCUGGACAACAGUCUUUGCGGUCAAAUGGUGCUAUCUGGCCUUCUUCCACCCUUUGCUGGUGGGCAUGUCGCGUGGCUUCGUUUUCUUCUACUGGUUCACCAUCGGAGCGUCUGUGGUUGCGUGGAUCUUGAGCGUGGCCGUGGCGCCUGUCAUUCCCUGUCCGUAUGUGGGGAUGACGGCUGUUAUGAAGUGUUUCCCGACUCUCCCGGUCUCGCAUAGUACGAUGCUUGCGAUGUUCUGGAUCCCUCCGAUCCUGGAUGCGCUUACAGACCUCAUGAUCAUCAGCAUCCCGAUUCGACUCCUGUACAAAGUCCAAGUGCGCACACUGACAAAAGUCGGACUAGGCUGUUUCCUCUGCCUAUCCAUCUUCAUGUGCGUAUGCUCCAUCAUCCGCACAGCAGGGACCUACUACCACGGGGCGCUCGACUACCCGUGGCAGGUCUUCUGGCUGCACCUGGAGGGAUGCAUCGGCGUGACCAUGGGCUCGAUCACCGUCUACCGAUCCACUCUGAUCGGCUCUAAUGAGGUAUCCGCCGUGUUCAAGAAAUACAUCACCAGGAUGAAAGGUGCGGUGAGAGGGUCAUCGGGUGAUAAUGGGAUGCCGCAGCCUGAAGAGGAAAGUAAGACGGAGAGGCGCACGUUUGGGUUACCUUCGAUUCCCCAGGCGACUAUUUCGGGGUUGCGCACGUGGGAUGGUCGGUCUCGAAGAGACAAUUCUGGUCCUGAUGAUGCGGGGCUGAGUAGCUUUGCGAGUGGUGAUUUUGAUUAUCAUGCUUUGUUGAAGGCGCCGAAGACGGCGGCUGCGAGUCGAUAUACUCGUCCCCGUCCCGAGAUGGCAUGA